ACAAAACUGCAAUUUGGUUUCUUUGAUGUAAUUCUUAAUUUAGAUGAGAUAAAUAAUGUAUUGAUUUUUAUUUACGUGCGUCAAGACAAUCCAUUAGAAUGAAGAACAAGCCAAUCCGCCAUAAAGAAGUGAAUGUCUUUCGGUUCAAGCCAUUCUCCGAGAGGAUAACGGAAAUCGACGUCGAUGUCUUUCACCGUGUAACACAUCGGAAUGAGGACGAGGCCGAGGAGAUUGAGACUUAUUUUCACGAGACACUACUGAAAUGGAACGUACUCAACCUAACGGACGGUUACACCGCCUUCAGAAAGGAAGUGCGAGACAUCAUCACGUUGCCCCAAUUGCUUCACAAGAAGCAGCAUGUGAUCGAUACGCUUAUGUUGUAUCUGAGGAAACGAGAUCCUUUGUUCCUGCAACCGAUCCUGGAAUUAAUAAUUGCUGUAGCGAGAGAUCUUCAGAAAGAGUUUUACGAUUAUUUCCCAGAAUUUCUAUCCGAAAUAAUCUGCUUGCUGCAAACGAAAGACGCUGAACAGAUAGAGUAUACAUUUACCACUUUGGCAUAUUUGUUUAAAUUUCUAUGGCGAUAUUUGACAAGAAAUAUAAAAACUGUGAUGCCCCUGUUGCUACCAUUGUUAGCUGACACACAGCCAGUUUAUAUAAACAGGUUUGCUGCCGAAAGUUUUGCAUUUGUAGUUCGCAAGAUCAAGGAUAAAGAUUCUUUUCUGAAACUGGUAUUACAUAUUUUGGAGGAUAGAAAUAAAAAUGCCAAGGAAAAUGGAAUAUCGGGUUGUGCAAAAUUAUUGUUUGAAGUUAUAUCUGGUACUCCAGGGCAGUUCCAUUCCUGCGGCGAACAGAUGUUACUGUUUUAUUUCAACGCUCUGCAAGACGAGACCAUUGAUAAAACGCUUACUUACGAAGUACUACGGGAAAUUAUAACGUGUAUAUUGCAAAACAUACAUCCACAAAAAUGCAAUAUCAUGUGGAAUGUUAUACUAAAAAUAAUAGACACGUUUGUUGAAAAGUCAAAACAGUUGUUAAAAUUCUCUGAGAAGAAACACACUUUAGUUCUAUUCCUGCGUCUUAUACAUAGUAUUAUCAGCUGUAAAAAUGGAAGGUUCUUAAUUGACGCUGUAUCUGUGAUAAAAAGGUUCACCAUCAUGAUGGACAGAUUGAAUGAAGAUAAUAAUAUUUUGCAAGAAGUUAUCAAUGUAUCCGUAGCUAUUCUCUUGGCAUCCAACGUCAAGUUAAUGCAGGAGGACUCGAGUCAAUUAGUACUGAAAAUUUUGACGGUGAAUGACAUGGAAUUAUUAUACUCCUCUGUUGAAAAUUUAAUACACUACUCUUCGUUCGAAGUUUUGGUAUUGCCUUAUGUAAUGCAACGCAGUAUAUCUAUUGGAUUUGACAAUAAGCUACUGCUUCUGCUUGCUAAAGUAAUUCUCACGAAAGCAACACCCUGUUUCAGUGGUAUAACUUUGGACAAAUGGAGAAAAUACAUUUUAGAUAUACGAAAUAUUGAAAUUGAUUACCUCUUACUAGAAUUGAAAACAUUAUCUACUGAUACUGUUUCGCUUGAUGCACUGAGAAUUUUGGUAAUUUUACCACAUUUGAACCCGUUGCAUGAGGAACUUAUGAAUAUGUUGAAAAAUGGCUUGUUAUUUUUAUAUAAAAAGAUAUUGAAUGGUGAUGCAGAUGGCACUGCGGACAUUAAUAAAACCGCUUUUAUAUUUUUAUUAACGCUGGAAUCGUUAAUCCAUGUGUCAGAGCCAAGCAUUCUCCACGAGUUUUUAAUAAAAUCUGAUAUAAAAAUAGUUGAUUUAAUUAACAAACAUUAUGACAAUACAUAUAUCUUAAAUGCGAUAGAUCUCUGUAUGACGUAUUUUGCUGCGUCGCAGCAUCACUCAGAUUAUAUAAAUUUAGCGUUGUUUAACAAAUUAAACGACAAAAUAGAGAAGAAAUUUAGUUCACCUUAUAGCAAUAUUCGAAUGAUCGUGGCACACUUAUAUUCCUUAUUUUCUAAAGUCGAAGAUCUGAAAAGACCUGGUGAACCUCUUAAGAUGUCUGAUGGAAAAAGUGCUAUGGAGCUUGUAUAUUUAGUGGAAUCUGAAUCCGUGACGAUACAAAACUAUCGGAGUAAGUUAUUACAUUUGCAAGCUUUAGGAUUUCAGAGUCAUGCGAUAGCUAAUUUAAAUCCUAAGUAUUACGAAUUUCCGUUACGUUGCUUGAUGGGCAAUUUGUACAUAAAUUUUUCUCUGCUUUGGCAACCUGUGAGUCUAAUUAUAGCUAGUUAUGGCAACAAGGAAUGCCCACAGUUCUGGCCAACAUUUCUGUCCGAGUUAACAUGUAACAAAGUACCGAAGAUUGAACGGAAACCGUCGUUUGAUUGCUAUGUGAUUUCGUCGUUGGAGAUGUUGAUAGAAAAACACGAUGAUAAGCCUGAUUUUGAAAAUUAUAGGAUCCUCCUCUGGAAAUGUAUGGCACAUUUCUCACAUUACGCCGAGACGAAAAAUAGAGAUUUAACCGGAUUAUUCAUUGAUUUCGUAAAUGCAAAUUUUUUUAGAUCUAAUUCCGACGAGGGCAAAUAUUGCAAUGUUGAAAAACGUAAGGAAUUAAUCGACGCAGAUAAUACGGACGACGAGAACGAAAGUGAUGAAGAGCGUGAUGAGAUAAAAGUUGCGCAAGUGGAUGUGAUGAAAAAAAAUUACAAGGUGAAACUUUUACUCGCUCAGAUGGAGAUAUUCGAUAAAGUGCAGAAUCCGAAAAUGAUGCAUAGAGAAGCGGAGAUGCAUCAAAUCUAUCUAGACUUGAUUUCUUCGAGAAAUCUCGACAUACAGAGAGCCGCUCUGAAUUGUCUCUUUGCAUACAAGUACAAGUACCUUUUGCCAUACAAGGAGUCCUUGUAUGGUCUAAUAAAUGAGAAGAAUUAUAAGAGUGAACUCACGCGUUUCAAGCUGGACCGGGAAAGCAAUAUGAUAGAAGAAGAACAUCGCGAAAAUCUCAUGCCGAUCAUAAUGAAAAUUAUUUACGCCAAAAUGAUUAUGAAGACCGGCAUGAGGACCGGUGGAAAAACCGGUGGAUUUACACGGAGAAAAAUCAUAUUGCGCUUUCUAGGCGGUGUACAAGAGGACGAGAUGAUCAUAUUCAUAAAAAUGGCAUUCAGACCUUUCAAGUCAUAUGUAUCUCUGGAAAUGGAUGAGACAUUCGAUUUGAAAAAAUAUGCUGAGACCAUCAUCGAUACCAUCGAUCUGAAUAACGUUAUGCCACCUAAACGUAUGCAGAGUGCCGUGAAUCUAUUGGCGAUAGUAAUAGAACAAUUUGGCGGGAAAAUGUCGAAGAAGUUACUGCCCUGUUUGCUCAGGAUACUAAUCUGCAUCUUGGCUGAGGUGAAUGGAAUUCUCCGGAGAUCGGGGGAGGUUUACCCGGGAUACUUGUCAAUGAUCAAGAAUGUGAGGACAAGUUGCGUCGGUAUACUGGCUAGAUUCUUUACACACUUUGAGAACUAUGACUGGAAACGACACGAGAUGGACGCAGUCUAUCACGUCGCGAUAUUUCCCUUGUUGCAGAAAUUGCCUAUCGAGGGUAUACACAGUCCUACGGCUUUGCUGAAGCUGUUUAUGGCAUGGAGCCAGAACUCGCGAUACUAUCCGUUGUUUGCCAAGUAUCAGGAGGACAACAAGUCGAUCACUCCUCUCCCUUACAUCGUGCAACUCCUGUCGAAUCCCAAGACACACCAAUCCGUCAUCAAUGCCAUUCUGGAGAUGAUCGAGAAGAUGCUGACUCUGCAGGAUUACGGAAAAUCCAACGAAGACGCGAUGCAGGUGGACGCGCAGUUUCUACCGUUAACUCCGAUACUCACUAAUAUGCUCGAAGUGGAAGAGAAGAUACUUUCAAACGGGGUCAAUUACGGCUCCGCUAUACUUCUGCCGCACGUUCCUCACGUUCUGGAAUUUAUCAGAGAUAGACUUAGAAGGUCCAAUAAGAAUAUAAAUAAGAUCGAGCUGACCAUACUGUCGCGAAUCUCCGAAUUUGUCACGGAUGCCGAGACGUGCGAUAUAGUAUUGAAGUUGAUAAUACCAGUGUUAAUCAGGAAGGCUGCAUCUGGUAAUAACGAGGAAGCCGUUAUAGGACUGCUGAUGACCAUCACGAACCUCAUAAAAAUUGUAAAUAAGCCGGAGAUUCACCUGCGUUCCAUUGCGCCGUUGAUUGGCCUCGUAUCGGACGUACCCGCUCGCAAGACUCUUCUGCAGCUGUACCGGACCAUUGCUGAGAGAUCUAUGGAAGACCGUCGUGAGGAAAUGAUCCGGGAUUGCGAAGUUCUGAUUGAGCUUAAUGCAUGGGAUCACAGAUGGGUCGAUCAACCGAACUUCCAAAAGAGACUGGACGCUUUUGAGUUGAUCAGCGACAGAAUUGGGAAGAAUGCGAUCACAUUGGAAUUUGGCGUGACUGUAAUACACAAUUGUUUUUACUUUUUGAAAACCGAAUCGGAUUUGGCGAUGCGAGAUUGCUCCGGCCAGUGCCUGAAGCUUGUCGGAGCGAAAUUGGCAAGAGAACACCAAAAUAAUGUUCUGAACAGGCGUUACUUAAUGGACGACACUAUCUUGGCGCUUACGAGGAAGGGUAUUACGAGCAAGAACGAAGCUGUUCGCCUUCAAUCAAUAGCGUUUUUAGGACACAUGGCUCUGGAAUGCGCGGACGUGCAUCCCGUUUUACGAGACUUGUCCCUACUUGCCAAUCGAGCCGACCCCGAAGUCGAUUUCUUCGAGAACAUGCAACAUCUACAACUCUACAGAAGGGCUCGCGCCUUACUAAAAUUCUGCACACUCGCUAAGACAUUGCGAAAGCCAUUUAGUCCUAAAACGUUGACGCAAUUCAUUCUUCCUCUCUGCUCAUUGUAUUUAUGCAAUGAGACUUUUAUUCAUAAGAACAGUCUCGUUGAUGCUGCUAUCGAGACUGUCGGAAUAGUGUGCAGACUGUUACCGUGGCACCACUAUGAAAUUAUUUUAAAAUAUUAUUUAGGCAAAUUAAGGAAUUCCACAGAGUUCCAAAAGCAAGUCGUUAGGAUAGUAGUAAUAAUAUUAGACUCUUUCCAUUACAAUCUUUCAAAGUACAAACCAGCAGAAAAAAUUACGCAAACCAAAGUGACAGGAACCGAAGACAACGCUGCUUUUAUCACUGAAAAGAAAGAAACUAAUGAAACGACCAAAGAAAAUGAGAAUCUUGAAAACACGGAAGAAGGAGAUGAGGAAAAAUUAGAGGAAGCAUUAAAUGACGACAACGUUGAAAAUAUUGAAGAAAUAAUAGAGAAGGAUAAAGAAGCGAUAAAGGAAGACUUGCCAAUAAUUGAAAGGCAAACGCUACUUUCUCAAUAUGGUGCAAAGAAAGUAGUGUUCAGUAUAUCGAACGGCUUGUUGCCUCAUUUGCAUCGAUCCAUCGUGGGGAGAACUCGGCAAGAGAGUAAUCAUAAAAUCAACAAGAAGAAGAUCGCUUCCGAGACAGAGGAGGAUGAUUUACUGAGAGUCCCCAUUGCUCUCGCGUUUGUUAAGUUGCUGCAGAAAAUGCCUGAGAAUCUUUUGGAUACAAAUCUGCCAGGAAUUUUUAUGAAACUGUGUACAUUCCUCAAAUCACGUAUGGAAUCGGUUCGACGUGCGACUCGCGAGAUACUACAGAAAAUCAUGAUAACUUUAGGACCGAAGUACCUUCAUUAUCUUUUGAAGGAACUUAAUACAUUGUUAACGAAAGGUUUUCAAGUGCACGUUCUCGCAUACACAGUACAGGCUAUUUUAUUCGCGCUGAAGCCUUAUUACCAGAAAAUGGAUAUUAAUAAUAAUUUACAAAGCAUUUUGUCUGUGUGCAAAGUUGAUUUAUUUGGAUUAACCGCGGAAGAAAAGGAGAUAGCGGGUAUUAUAAAAAAUGUAUCGGAAGCAAAGAGUACUAAGAGCUUUGAUAUUUUCCAUAUCUUAGCGGAGUUUAUAACAGAAUCUUGUUUAGUAGACCUAAUUUUGCCAUUGAAAGAAGUAUUAAUAAAGACGCACUCGCAUAAAACGAUACAUAAGAUUAUGGAAUGCCUCCGAAACGUAACUCUGGGAUUGGCGGAUAAUACUUAUAUACCCUUGGAACAAAUGCUCAUAUUUCUUUACGGUAUUAUUUCGGAAAGCAUACCAGACCUUAUACCUGAAAAGAAAAGUAAAAAGCUUGCGGAAGAUGAGCGAAGAAUAGAAACGAAAACUUUGAUGCAACGAUCGAAUUAUUUUCUUAUAUCACUAGAACCUAAAAACAGGAUGGGUAUUAAAGUUACUGCAAAAACUACCAAACACGCCAACGUUCAUGUAAUGAUAGAAUUCGGCCUGAAAUUGUAUCAUAUAUUGUUGAAACGGGACAAAGUCUCCGGAAUGGAAUACAAAUGUUAUCUAGAACCAUUUGUGUCAGUUUUAAGUAAUUGUUUAAAGUCUCAUCAUGUCAAGCUAUGCACUGUAGCAUUACAAUGCUUAAAUUGGAUGCUAAAAAUGGACCUAGAAUCGAUGCACGCAUCGAUAUCGGACAUCUGUGAUUCCAUGUUCGUCAUUUUGCAUAAGUACGCUGCUGCAGGAUUAAGUAAAGGAGAUAACUUCGAUCUUGUAAUGGCCACAUUCAAAUGUAUGUCCGUGGUCGUUCGUGAUGUAAAAUACUUCAGCAUUAAUGCCGAUCAGCUGAAGAUUCUUAUUUUAUACGCGGAACAAGAUUUACACGACAGCGAUAAGCACGCUACCGCGUUUACCUUACUCAAGGCUAUAAUACAUCGAAAAAUGAUUAUCCCAGAAAUGUACACUGUCAUGGAGAAAGUAGCAAUGCUGAGUAUUACCUCGGAGCUAGAGCACGUUAAAUUGCAAUCACGUUCUUUGUUCUAUUCUUAUCUCAUGGGUUAUCCACUUGGCAAGCAUUUGGACAAACAUAUAUAUUUCUAUCUCACUCAGUUGAGUUACGAAAUGCAACCGGGUCGGCUGAGCGCACUAGAAAUGAUUCAUACCAUUGUCACAGGAUUCCCAUUGAAGACGCUAACUGUAAGGUCUGAAAUCAUAUUUGUAAUGACUGGUGCAAGAUUAAUAGACGAUGACGACCCAGCCUGCCGCAAACUUUGUGCAAAAUGUAUAAAGGAAAUGCUUAUGCGGAUAUCCUAUAAUGAUAGAAAUAAGCUAUUUGACAAGUGGCCCCUUCAGUGGCUAAAUGAUUCCAUAAGAUACCGGACAUUAGCGGCACAGUUAUGCGGCAUAUUCGUGACUGUUGAAAAAAACGAUUUCGAUUCGCGAUUACCUCAAGUUUUACCAUUGUUAUUAAAACAGUUUCACACAAAUAUUUCAACUUCUGACAAUGCCGAAUUCGGAAAAUACAUGGAAUUAGAUAAUACGACAAACUUACAGAAAGAUUCCAAUUUAAAGGAAGAAAGAACAAAAGAUCAUCAUUUAAUUCAAGUGUUACAACUGCUAUUAAAGAUAGCACAUUAUACAUCUUUCCUUACGGAUGAAAAAUACAAAGAUUUCAUUAACUCUUUUGCUGAAUAUAGUCAAUCUUUGUUGGCACAUCCACAUUUAUGGGUUCGAUUAGCAGCAGCACAAAUGAUCGGUUUUAUUUUGACUACUCUUGACGUUGAUAAAAUCGUGGAACUUAUAAAUAAUCCAGAUAAUGAUAAAAUAUAUGAAGGUUACAUGUAUUCGAAGCCUGUUGAAACUGUAAAGAGUUUGAUUCUGGAUUUAGUGGCUCAACUUUAUCCAGACAUGACAUUUGAACAGUUAGCAGAUCAAGUUGUGAAAAAUCUAAUCUUUAUCGCAAAGAUGUUAAAAUCAAUUACAGGAUCUGUUGCAAAAAAUAAGGAAGAUGAUAGAAAUAAAAUGGAAAAUAGCAAUAACUUAUCUUUUCUUUGGCUUAUCAGGAGAUUGAGAAAAGUUGUUAAUAUAGAAAUAACGCAAGCUCCCAAAUCAACAUCAGUGAGAACUGCAAUGUUUAAGUUUAUUGCGGGUGUAGUAACUACAGUACCUAUUGAAUAUCUGAACGCGAUACUUUUUAAUAUUAUGUCUCCAUUGGUACGGGAGAUGACUACGACAGAAGAAACGAACGCUGAAUUACGUCAGCUUGCAAAAGAAGUAGCUACUAUCAUUAAAAAGUCCAUAGGAAAUGAAGAAUAUGUCAAGUUACUAAAUCGAGUACAACAAAAGUUAGACAUUAAGAAAGCAGAAAGAAGAAAAGUUCGUGCGCAACAGUUUGUGACUGAUCCUGAGCUAGCGGCUAAACGUAAACUAGCUAAACAACAAAAGAAGAAGGAGGCUAAAAAAAGAAAGCUAGACAGUUUGAAAGGAAACAAAACAGCAAAAAAACGUAAAAAGAAAGUAGAUCUAGAUGAUUUAUAA